UGGGAAAAAUGUAUCUGUCAAAGUCAAAAAGGGUUUCCUUUCUUUUCUGUCAACUUCGGCAAAAUGACGACCCCAGCAACAAAACCCAAAAGAGAACCGAUCCACGCCGUCCAAGUGUUCGGCAGGAAGAAAUCUGCGACAGCAGUAGCUUACUGCAAAAGGGGACGCGGUGUUUUGAGGGUAAAUGGACGCCCCUUGAGCCAGAUCGAGCCUAAAAUGCUCCAAGACAAACUACAAGAGCCCAUCCUACUUUUAGGAAAGGACAAAUUCUCUGCUGUCGAUAUCAGAGUACGUGUAAACGGUGGUGGACAUGUAUCCCAAAUCUACGCCAUCAGACAAGCUAUCUCUAAGGCUUUGGUAGCUUACUAUCAAAAAUAUGUUGAUGAAGCAUCCAAAAAGGAAUUGAAAGACAUCCUGAUCCAAUACGAUCGUACCCUCUUGGUAGCCGAUCCUCGUCGUUGCGAACCCAAGAAGUUUGGUGGUCCAGGUGCCCGUGCCCGCUACCAAAAAUCGUACCGUUAAUCUAUAUUUUGUCUAUUUGUAUUUUCAAAUAAACAUUAUAAUUUAAGGUAAUUGUGGUGU